AUGAAUUUUACUAUAAUAGCUUGUUUACUUUGGAUUAUUAUCAACUGCUAAGCUUAAUAAAUCUCCCAAACUGUUGAGUUUUAUGAAAAUGAAAAGCUCCUGAACAUACAAAUAAUUUUGUCAUCCUAAUUUGACUUCCAACUUACUUUUUACAACAACAAAGUAAUAAAAAUAAAUAAUUUAGACUCAUUCAUUUGAAAUUCUAAAUUGUUCGAACAUUGAUAGAUGUGAAUGUGAAAGUCCUAAAUUUAGCAAUUAUUAUUGUUUCGAAAAUAAUAGUGAAUUUCAUUUCCAUUUUUCUAAAUUACCUUAUGUUUAUGGGGAUACUAUACUGAAAAGGGAAAAUACAACUUAAAUUUAAAAUAAUCAUUAAAUUGAAUCAUUCAGUUCAAAUUCCCAUUUUAGAAUUUUAGAUCUAGAGGAAUAUCUAAACAAAUCGUUAGCAGCUUAAAGUGUUACUUACACUGAUAGUGAUUUAACAAGUUCAUUAUAAUUAGGAACUUAUGAAUUAUUUAUGAAAUGGGAAAUAUAUUCAAAUGGUUCAUUCGAUAUGGCUAUUGAUUAUAAUUAACUAAAUUGGAUAGGAUUUGGAUUUUGUCCAACUGUAAGCAUUUAUAUCAUAUAAUUAGAUGUCUAAUUGUGACAUGAUAGUAUUAUAUGUAUCCUAACAAACAGUUAUAGUGAUGGAUACUUUUUCUUAUGGACAAUCAACUCCAAGAACUGAUAAAACUAAUGAUAUCGAUAUUAUUUCAUAUGCAGUCAAUUCAACAGGUUAUAAGGUUAGAUUCAAUAGAAAAUUGGAUACAGGAGAUACAGCAGAUUAAGUUUUAGCAAAAGGUGAUACAUAUACUUUUUGUGUAGCAUGGUCAGGAGCAGAUUAAAUGGAAAUGCAUAGUGCAUGGUAUAACUUUGAUAUAAUUUUUGAUAAUGGAAUAAUUGGUUAAGCAACACUUACAUCUGGUGAAAGCAUUUUAUAUUAUGUCCAUGCAAUUGUUCUAUUUAUAGGAUGGGGAAUAGUAGCAGACUUAGGAAUAAUAAUUGGAAGGUUUUUCAAAUCAAUUAAUAGUUAUUUAUGGAUUCAUGCUAUUUGUUUUAUUUUUGUUGAUUUAUCAACACUUGUUUUAGUAGCCCUGAUGCUAUUUGUUGGUGGAGAGGAAGGAAAUGUAAUUGAAGAUGGAACAUUGGAAGCACAUAAAAUAAUUUCAAUUGUACUAGGUAUAACUGUCAUAAUUCAACAUAUUUUGGGAGUUGUUGUUAAACAUUUUCUUGAGUCUACAGGAAAAGAAAAUAGAUAGGCUCUAUUUACAAUAAGAUUGAUCCAUGUUAUUUUGGGAACUAUUAUGUAUCUUGCAGCCAAAGUAGAUAUUAUUUUAGGAUUCGUAAAAAAUGAAGAGAGAUUAUUAUUAGCUUUGGGUAUAAUAUGGACAGUCCUCUUGAUACUAGUUAGAAUUGGAUUAGAAAUUUAUAAAUCCUUCAAUUCUUCUAUUAGAACUAAAAUUGCUCCUUAACAACAAUAACCAUUAAAUGAAAAUUAGACAAAAUUAUUAAAGUUAUUAUAAGGAAAUCAUCCAACAGCUAACAUCAUUAAAGAAUUACCUUAAAUUAAAUGGGUUUUGUUAAAUUAAGAUGUCUAUGAUGUUACAGAUUAUUAACAUCCAGGAGGUAACUUUAUCAUUUCAAAUGUUAAUGGAUAAGAAAUCAGUCGUUAUUUCUAUGGUGCCUUUUAACUUGAAUCUACUACAAUGGAACCAUAUACUCAUAGCUAAUUUGCAUAUUAAACUUUAUAAAAGAGAUAUAUUGGUACUAUCUAAAGUGUUAAUUAUAAUAAUUCAAAUCCAGCUUCAUUUUGGGAUUUAAUUGAAAAAGUUGAUUUGUCAAAAAACAUCUCUUUAUUUAAUUUCACUAAUCCUAAUUUUUAAAUCAACCUUCGUCAAAAUAUAUUUGAUUUAGGCUAGCAUUUUAGUGUUACUCUUUAAGAAGUAGGAGGAAAGAUAAGAAUGUAUACAAAAGUAUUGUGUAUGUCUAAUCCAUAUCAAACCUUUAGAGAUUAAAUUAUUAAAUAUCAUGAAGGAAAUUCAACUCAGCUACCAGUAUUAUAAUUUGAUAAAAUUAAUACAGUUCCUUUGAUUAUAAAGAAAUAUAACUUUCCUAAGGCUUUGUCUGCCUAAAUAUUUUAACAUCAAGGCAAUUUUUGGGUUUAAGGUCCUUUUGGAAGAGGAUUAGAACUUGAACCUAAAUGUAAAUGUAUAGCUUUUGUUGGUGGUACUGGAUUGUUGCCAUUUUUAGAUUUAUUAGAUCAUCUAUUGAUAAAAUCUAUUUACCUGACAAAUAAAUAAAAGUAAUAAUAAAUUCAAUAAUUCUUCCCCUAAUAUGAUCAAUUAGAUGAUUCAUUUGAAUUUACAUUGCUUGCUUCUUUCUAAAAUGAAGAAGAAUUUAUAGGAAAAGAAUGGAUUAGAAAACUUUAUUUAAUUAAUAAAAAUAAUAAUUUAAAGUUGUUUGAUAUGCAAAUUAGAUACUCUGAUUCUACAUUGGAUACAGUAAUCCCUGCUUUUAGAGGUAGAUUCACUGAAGAACUUGUUAAAUAGCAUUUAGGAGACUAUAACAAGAAAGUUUAUAUUUGUGGUCCUCCAAAUAUGAUAUAUUCUCUCACUCAAAUUAUCUCCAAAACAGAAUAGGAUUAGGCCAAAGUAAUGAUUGUUUGA